CACGCACAAUCAAAGCACUUAGGAGAACGUUAGCUAUUUAGAAAAGCACUUUCUGGCUUUUGCCUUGAACCCCUUUAAGAAAAAGUUCUAGUAUUCUUGUUCAGCGAAUCCAAUGAUGGCGUCUUGUGUUAACUUGCCUGGGCAGAUAAGGACAAGCGUGGUGCACUCUGGAAGUAUCAGGCAGCAUGGGAAAAUUGCUUUUGCUCCUACACAAAGAAAAUCGACUCUUCCAGGGAGGCGCCUAGGCAACACCGUGCGAGCAGCUCAAUCCACAGAGGAUCUGAAGAGCAAAGCUGGCAAAGCCGGCGAGGAGCUGAAGGUCAAGACUGGGGAGACGGGCGAGGUGUUCAAGAGCAAUGUGGCACAGCUUCUGGGAGUCAGGGGCGGAGAGCAGACAGCAGACAAGUGGAAGAUCCGGCUGCAGCUCACAAAGCCCGUCACAUGGGUCCCAUUGAUCUGGGGUGUGCUGUGCGGAGCGGCGGCGUCAGGCAAUUUCACAUGGACGCCAGAGCAUGUGGCGCAGUCCCUCGUGUGCAUGACCAUGUCGGGGCCCUUCCUCACGGGCUACACGCAGACCAUCAACGAUUACUAUGACAGGGAGAUCGAUGCCAUCAACGAGCCCAACCGCCCCAUUCCCUCAGGUGCCAUCUCAGAGACGGAGGUGGUCGUGCAGUUUCUGGCGCUGCUGGCGGCCGGCCUGGGCACAGCCUUCGCGCUGGACAAGUGGGUGGGCCACGAGACACCCACACUCUUCUACCUGGCAGUCUUCGGCUCCUUCAUCUCCUACAUCUACUCGGCGCCCCCGCUCAAGCUCAAGCAGAGCGGUUGGGCCGGCAAUUACGCCCUGGGAUCCUCCUACAUCUCGCUGCCCUGGUGGGCUGGCCAGGCUCUCUUCGGCAACCUGACACUGGAUGUCAUCGUGCUGACGAUGCUGUACUCCACAGCUGGCCUCGGCAUUGCCAUUGUGAAUGACUUCAAGUCCAUUGAGGGCGACAGGAAAAUGGGCCUGGAGUCCCUGCCAGUUGCCUUUGGAGUGGAGACAGCCAAGUGGAUCACUGUGGGCACCAUCGAUGUGACUCAGGCGGCCGUGGCAGCCUACCUCUUCCUCGGCCUCAACGAGCCGCUCUAUGGCGCCAUCCUCACAGCGCUCAUCCUCCCGCAGAUCUUCUUCCAGUACAAGUACUUCAUCCCGGACCCAAUCAAGAACGAUGUCAAGUACCAGGCCAGCGCGCAGCCCUUCCUGGUAUUUGGCCUGCUCACCACCGGCCUCGCUAUCGGACACCACAACGCCGGGCUUUAG